AUGAGUGAAUAUAAUGCACUAUGCUCGUCAACCUCAUCAGUAGAUCUAAAUAAUUUAUCUCCAAUUCAAGUUUUCAUUAGAAUUAAACCCAGCAAUUCAAACGAUCCAUAUGAAAUAAUUCCAUUCGAAUACUCUAGCAAUAAUACGAUUCUGACCCUACCAAAUUCACGUCCAUUGUCAUUUGAUGAUGUGUUUCCCCCUCAAUCAACUCAAUAUGAUAUAUUUGAAUCAAUUAUUCCGCUUCUUCAUUUACCAUUAUAUGGUUAUAACUCAACUAUAUUUGCAUACGGCCAAACAAAUAGUGGUAAAAGGAAGCUGUUUAAAAAUGAUGACAUCAUUUUCUAUUUGCCGCUAGUAUGA